UAUAUAUUAUAAAUAAUGUCUAAAGCCGCUGCGGCGCCUCGCAAGGAGGUAACCGGACUGCAUCGCAUGACCCAGCAGGGACUGCGAGAUCUGUGCAAGAAGGAUAAGCUAUAUCAGACGCCGCGUCUGAACGAUGUGCUCUAUUUGCACUAUCAGGGCUAUCAGUAUAUUGAGUGCCUGGACGAGUAUACGGAGCUCAAGUGUUUGUGGCUCGAGUGCAAUGCCAUUUCGGAAAUCGAGGGUCUGGAGAAACAGAGCAAGCUACGCUGUCUCUUUUUGCAGAACAAUCUCAUCAAGCGCAUCGAGAACUUGGCCUCGUGCCCCGAAUUGGACACGCUGAAUCUUAGCUCGAAUCAUAUACGUCUGAUUGAGAACAUCGGCUCUGAGAUCUUGCCCGUCUUGAAUACCCUUAAUAUAUCGUCUAACUAUUUGAAGGAUAGCGAGAGUCUCGCUCGACUGGUGGACUGUAAGACCUUGUCUGUGCUGGACUUGUCCAACAAUCGCAUUGAUGAUAUUUUGGUGGUUAAGAUCUUCGAGAAGAUGCCCUGCUUAAAGGUUUUGGUGCUACAAGGAAAUCCUGUCGUCUCACGCUUACCCCAAUAUCGGAAGACUUUGAUUCUAGCCUGCAAAGAGCUCACCUACUUGGACAGUCGUCCUGUAUUUCCACGUGAUCGUGCUUGUGCCGAGGCUUGGAAACGUGAGGGCUACGAAGGCGAGCGUAAGGAGAAUAUGCGCUGGAAUCGUGCCGAUCGUAAGAAAAUGCGUGACAGCGUGAACUAUACCAUCAAGCUGCGCAAUCGUCAUCGUCCGCCGGAUCAGCAAGCUGCAUUGAUCAGCUCAACCGAUUCGGAAGCAGAAGGCGAUGCCGAUAAAGGUGCCGAAAAGACACGUGUCAAGGCUGAGCUGGAAUACGGUUGUGUGGAUGAUAUAUGGAGUGAAGUAUCUGGCGAUAAUGCGAAAGUUAGCGAAAGCUCGGACAGUUCUGAUAUAGCGGAUGAGGCUGCUGACAACGGUUCACACGAUGAUGACUUAGCCGAGCAGUUGAGCAAUCGUCGAGCGAAGCCUUUGGACGGACGUCCAAAGGUGCUAUACGAAACGCAAUUCGCUGACGAUGCAAAUAAUGAGCAGGAAGCACCUGGCGAUAAUACAAAUAAUGCUGAUGAGGUGAAAGCUGACGAUGCACGAGGUGUGAAACGUCUGCUCAUAGAGGAAGUCAAGCUCGAACCACUCGCGGUGGAAUGCAAGAAAGCCAGAGUACAACCUGAGCAGGAGAAGGAAGAGGUUGGCAAGCUGGCAGAGAAUAAACUAGAGGAACCUAAAGAAGAGCAGAAGGUGGAGCAAGAGGCAGUGCAGGAAGUAGAGCAAAUGCCAGCUCUGAUAACUGCAGCAGAAAGCGGCUCUGAGCUGGAUCAACAAGAUGCCAGAGCAGAUCUGGACAAAUCGUGCCAGAAAUUAAAAGAUAUAGCUUUAAAUGAUAAUGGCCCGCCAACAGCCGAGCAGCUCAAACAGGAAGCCGUAGACAGAAUGUAUGAAUCCUACGGAGAGGAAAUAUUUGCAGAACAACCCGAGUUCAACACGGCAAUGUUAGAGAAGGAACACUCCAGUGAACAGCUACUGCCUAAUGCAAGCAGUGAGUCAACAUCAAAGACUACGUCAAAUGAUAUAAUCAAAACUAAGGAACAAUUGGAAUAUGAAGAGGAAUGCGCGGAGGCAAAUGAUAUUGUCGAGUAUAAUAUGAAUGAGCUGAGCAGCCAGAUGGACGACGACUUAAAGGAGCUGAAUCAGCCGUUAGAGGAAAUACGUGCCACGCUCGAACAACCGAACAACAAGACCACUGGCAACAACAGCUCCGACGAGGAGAAGGAGGCGGACCGAAAGAAAUGCGUUGAAUUGACAACGGUAACACAUUCCCUGCGCAUCAUCGAGGAGUUCAGUGUGCGCCGAGAGCGCAUUUCUGAGGACAUUGAAAAGAAGAAAGCCACCGAGGAGCAGCAAAAGAAAGUCCUGACUGAGGAGAUACAAACGGAGCAAGACAAGGAAGAUGCCAUAGACGCUGCCUUCGCCAAGGCCCUGGAUGUUUGCACGGAUGAUGUGCCCACGCGUGUCUUCGGCGCGGGCUGCGAUACGCCCAGCUACGAGUGGCGCCAGGAAGAGUGUAUGCGUCAGUUAACCAUCAAGGAGACUCGUACCGUGGACAGCGAACUGGCUGACGAUGACGUGUACAGAGUGAAGCCGUUGAGUGAAAAAACGUCCGUAGAACAAGCUGAACUAAUCUGUGAGGAAAUGAGUCGACAAUUGGAAGCCGAUGAGAAUUCGUUGCGGGACCUGCUGCAGCAGCUGGAGGAUGAGACAGAUGUCCUGUAUGACAUAACUAACGUAGAGGACGAAAUACUCGACAAGGUGCCGGAGCCACCGCUCGACGAGGUCUGCGCCUCGCUUAUCCACGAGCUCAUCGAUGAGCUGCAAUAUCAGGAAAUAAUCAACGGACAGAAUAUAAAAUGCUUUGACUUCGGACUCAUUGAAUCCGAUGAAGAAUACAGCUAUUCAGCUGAGCCCAAGACCAAGCCGAUUGUGCCACCAGAGCUUGAGGAUCCAGCCGGUGGCAAGUCGCUGCGUGAGUGUCUGGAUGCCUUUGGCAAUUUCCUUAGUUCGGUCAACGAACGCAAGAACGAAAGAAAGUUGGACAGAAAUGCCACAACUAGCUCGGAGAAGGUGAAUGCGGCUAAAACGCUGCUGAAGUCAAAAAUGCUUAACGCCUACAUGGAUGAGAGUCCACAAGCCGUGGAGGCACAGCUGGCCAAAGAGCAGGAGAAGAAAAAGCGACACGUUGCGGCCAUGGCAACGCGUUGCUUUUCGAAACGUGACAACUUCGAGGACUCACUCGAGGUAGUGGACAAUAAGCUGAUGAUUAAAAAGAAGGACACAGGUGAGCUGCUCGAUCUGCCGCCACCGCCUGCUCUGAUCAGUGAUACUGAGAGUGAGUCGGGCAAUGAGUCCGAACAAUCCGUUGAUGAGUACGAUACGGCCGAAGAACCGCACGAGGAGAAUAGAAACUCACGCGAAAUGUGGCCCAAAGCCGAUCCAGCUGAACUGGAGAUCAGCAAAGAACCGUUAUCCCUGACUGAGCUAAACGACGGCGACAGUGCGGCGGAUCAGUCAAGCGACAAGUUCUACUCCCUAGAAGCGAGAACUGCCUUCAACUCGCUAGACUCCGAGUUCAUGGACAAAUUGGACCUGCAAAAGGUGAUUGGCACGGAUGGCGAAAUAACUGUGGAGGGCAUGCGCAGCUACGACGAACUCACUGCAGACGAUGGCGCGCAGAAGGCCGAAAAUCCUGGCGCACUGGUGAAGCAAGAUGAAAUGCUUAAAGACCUGAUCGGACGCCAGCAGCUGCAGGAGGAGCGCGAACGUCAGAUGGAGGAGCUGUCCAAGGACCUCGGCGCACAUAAAUUGAAAUGCAAAUCAAUCAGGGAUCAGCUUGAAAGCGAGCUCGAAGAGGCGAGGGCUACCACAAAUCUGUUAGUGAUGCUAAACAGCCUGGAAGGACCCAAAGAGGAGGAGUUGAGGCAGCAACUCGCGGAGGUGCAGCAGGAAGAACCAAGGGACUCGGACAAUCUCCAGGAGCUGCCAACCAUAAAAUUAACUCUGGGCAGUUGCAAAAUAUGCGAAAUAAAGAGUCAAAUUUCGAAUGAGGAGGCACAACAAAGAGAUCAAGUCGAAGCAGCGACAGAGGAAGGCGAAAUGAAGCCAGAGGAUAGACCUUUGAACAGCGAGCAAAUAUCCGAAAAAGCUGAAGAGCAAACGAGCAAUGAAAAGCCUGAGGAAACGGCUAAUGCCGUAGUGAAGCCCGCACCUAAUGCCAAUGUCACUAUAGAUGAUGAUAUUAUAUCGGAUACAUCGACAGACUAUGAAUCUGGCGAGGAUAUACCCGUUGUAGAGCCGCCUAGGCUGCCCGAGGGCGCGCUCAAUGAAUUGUUUAGCAAUCAGUUUGAUAAGGACGGCCUCAAGCUUGAGCGCGAAAAUGAAGAUGCCUUGCGCAAACAACUAUUCAGUUUGCCUCUGCGGGCUUGGGCCAGUCAAAAUUCCAUAGAUCGAGUAGAAAAUGCGGCGUCCGAAAACGAAAAACAAGAUUCGGAAUCGGCGCAGACAACAGACGUCGAUGACGAAAGUUGGGAAGUGGAAACGAAUUCGGAGCUAACUAAGCCUGAGGACGAUGAUGAAACGGAUUCCAAUGGAGCCAUUGGCGAACUGGCGCGCAAUGCCAAGCGCCAAUGGGCGAAAAUAUCGGAGAAAUUGAGCGAAUUCAUCGAGGCCGAUGAGCUCAAGUUGUUGGACAAGAGUCAAUUCAAUGAGGAGGAAAGCGAGGAGGACGAGGAAGAAGAUGAGCUAGAGGCAAGUCUUAAGAAAUUGAAUAUUAUCUACGAAGAAUGCGAGACACAAAUAAAGAGCGCAAGACCCGAAAAUAUGCAAGUUCCGAAGGAGUCCGAAGUAGCUAAUGACGAAGUCGUGGAGGGAGAUAAGCAGAGUGCAGAUCAUGCUGAACCAGCAGACCAGAAUGAGAAUCCAAAUGUUGAGUGUGAAGAAGUGAAGGAGGAUGAACAGAGUCUUGAGCAGACUAAGCCAGAAGAGGAAAGUGAGAACCCAAAGCGGAAGUCUGAAGACAAACAGCCAGAAGAGGAGCGCCAAAAUUUGAAGUCUGAAGAAGUGAAGGUAGAGCCAGAAGGGGAGAGUGAGAACCCAAAGCGGAAGUCUGAAGAACAGACUAAGCCAGAAGAGGAACAAGUGAAGGUAGAGCCGGAAGAGGAGAAUGAAAAGCCUGUAGAAGUGACAGGAGAACCGAGUCCUGAGCAUACUAAGCCAGCAGAUGAGAAUGAAAACUCGAAUCUGAAGCCGGAAGAAUUAUUCGCUGACCAAAAGCUGGCCGGGAGUCCAUCGAAACCCGUAAUAACACUAGAUUACUUUGAAGAGAAUACGGAUGACGACAGCUUCCACACAAUACCUGAGCUGAAGACCGAAGAAAUUGAAUGUAAUCUGGAAAUACUGAGUGAUGAUGGCAAUGCCGUAGUCAAGGAGGUUAGCGUCAGCGCCCAAGUCACCUAUGAAUUGAAAAAAUAAUUGAAAUUUGAGUUU